UAAGAGAGUCAGAAUGAAGAAACAGAAAGAAACCCUGGUUUCCUGAAGCUCUGUACAGUACGUGACGUCAUGCGUCGUCUUUCCCCAGAAGCGUCUUCUGUCUGGCUGAAAGCACUCGAAGAACCUCAGUCAGUGACGGAGAGCUGGACCAGCAGAAGGUUGGUAAUGAAGCUGUUUCUUGUCCAUCCAGUAUUUUGGUCCUGUUUCCUGGUUUUAUGGGACUUAACAAAUGAGACAGAGGGCAUCGAUCACGAUGUCUGUCUGGUGGAAAACGAUUACGCACCUGAUGCAAACUUUACCUGCCACUAUUACCCAACAAAUCUACUCAACUGCUCCUGGUCAUUCGACGCUUCACAGGAGCUUUCUGCCCACAUCAGUAUUUGUGAUGAUGACGAUGCAGUGAUUCCCUCUCUGAGCCAAUCGUCUAAUGAAAGAGUCGGAUCAAUGUCUUUGACUGUGCAGCGGCAUGAGGCGGCAUUUAUGGUAAUCCAGUUCAACAUGUCCCUGGACGGCAAUUGGACAGUCAAAGCCUACGCAACAAACGACAUGGACCAAAUAGAGGUCGUGUCCCCACCCUCUAACAUCUCUGCAACAAUCAAAGAUGGCAACCUGUUGGUGACAUGGAGUCCACCCUACAAUAGAUCAAAACCCAGUUGCUUUGAAUACCUGCUGGACCUGGGUGACCAGGAAAAACCCAUACCCUUGAAGGGCGAGGUGUCUUAUACAGAGCUGAAUGUAGAUCCCACUCGCACCUACAGGCUGAGGAUGAGGGCGAGGAAGAGCCACUACUGUUCUGGAUCUGCUCAGUGGAGCGAAUGGAGUCCCACCAUCACGGUGGAACAGUCUGUUGAAAAAUUCAGCAUUCUGUUGAUCGUGUCGAUUUCACUUGGAAUACCCAUGAUCCUCCUGGCUGUGCUGCUGCUGGUGCGCUAUCAGAGGGUGUCCGAACUUCUGUUUCCUCCAAUUCCUCGCCCGCCGCCAAAAUACAAAUUUUUCCUGGAAAGAAAUGACACAUUCAAUUUCUCCUCUCCUGCCCUGCCACCGAAGGCUGAGGAGGAGAUCACAAAGGUGGAGGACGCAGAGUAAAAACCACCUCCAAAGACAUUUUAAAAGCAGAAUGGAGAGGACGCUUUGAAAUGUAAUGAAUGUCUGAGGUCUAACUAUUUUAAUAUGAAAUUUCCAUUCAGCUAAAUGUGUUGAAUGCAUGGAUAUGUGUGUGGGUGUGUAUUUAUGUGGAAAUUGUGUUUUUUUUAUAGCAUCAUAUAGUUCUAAUUAAAGCACUUGUUCUGCCUGAACUUGCUGGUUAGUUGGUCCUGAAGUAUCUAGUCCUUUUACAAACUGUGUGUAACUUGUAUUCGUGUGUAAAUAACCCUCAUCUUCUCUUUUAAUAUCAAAUGAAAUGUAAUUAUAAAAUGUUGAAAAGGAGAAAAAAAAGGGGGGGUGGGGGUGGAUACAACCAGUGUUAAAUAAAAUGUGAAUGCAACAAAAAGGCUUAAUUAAAUAAAGGUUUCAUGAACUUGAAGCAAAGGUUCAAAGGUUUUAUGCAAUUUUCUUAUUGACUUUUCAUGUCUGUCCGUUGAAUAUGAAGCUACAGCAGCCAGUUAGCUUAGCUUAGCAUAUAGACUUGAAAUAGGGA